GCUAUGCCAGCCAGCAGCAGAUACAUCGAACAUCGACCAACCCGCCAUCCAUCAUCAAUGGAGCAGGCCGGGGCGCAGCAGCAGCAGCAGGCGGUGAUGCCGACGACGAAGCAGAAGAAGUGCUGCCCGCUGCGGCGGUCGCGCAAGGGGUGCAUGAAGGGCAAGGGCGGGCCGGACAACCAGCAGUGUCCCUUCCGCGGCGUGCGCCAGCGCACCUGGGGCAAGUGGGUCGCCGAGAUCCGCGAGCCCAACCGCGGCGCGCGCCUCUGGCUCGGCACCUUCGGCAGCGCGCUCGACGCCGCACGCGCCUACGACGCCGCCGCCAGGGCGCUCUACGGCGACUGCGCCAGGCUCAACCUCGCCCAGCAGCUGACGCGCGCCCAAGCGCAGCCGCAGCCGAUACCGCUGCAGCAGCUCCCGCCUCCGGUCGAAGCGCCGGGGACGCCCUGCUGCUCCUCCUCCAACAACUCCAACUCCACGUCGUCUACUCCGACCGAUGUGGUGGACUGCAGCGCCUGGAUGCAGCAGCCGACGUCGGAGGCGGCGGAGGACUUCGAGGCGUACGUCACGCGCCUGCCAAAGGCGGAGGACUUCGGGCUCGAGGGCUUCCAGGAGGUGCCCCUCGAGGUGCUCGACGAGGCCGGCGGCGCGAUCAGCAUCUGGGACCUCUCCGUCGCGCCGGACAUGGUGGCCGCCGCCUCCACCUCGGCUGCGGCCUGCGCCGUCCCGCACCAGCGGCUCCAGCAGCCCGCGUGGUGAGCUCCGUUCCGGUCGAGCAUAUGGGCAUACAAACAAGUGACAGUCAUAAGCUAGAGUUAUACAUACAUCAUCGUUCGUCUCUACCCCGUUGUUACCGUCGCAGCUGCUGUAGAUAGCGGGCUAGUUUGGUACUACCUCAAGUCCUUUUUCUUCUCUUCCGUCGUUGUAGUGUAGAGUAAAUAUUGGUGGGCAGGCAGGUGUGCAUGUGUGUGUAUAUGAUAUAUUUGUGCGUGGGAGGAGGAUAGUCAGUCUAAGUCUCACUAGUGCACUGCUGCGCUAGUGACUAGUGAGAUGAAAUGGUCGAUGAGAUCGGAUGUACAGCGGAUCGAUGUGCACAUAUAUGGUGUAACAUGUUAAUGUGUUGGUACGUCGAUCCAUUGAUCGAUCCAUCCAUCGGUCGGCCAUUUUACAUGUGAUAAUGGUGUUAUGUUGGUCA